CCUCAGACCGACGUGAAAGAGGUGGUAGAGUCAGAAAUCAAGGAAUGGCACUUCCACAUCUACUUCCACCAACGCAAUGCAGAUGAACAUCAAGCAGCUCUGGAGCUGCGCGACGCUGUGUUGCGCUUAAGGAGAGACGGGGCGUUCGUCGCCGUCCCUCUGUUCCGUGUUAACACGGACCCCAUUGGUCCUCACCCCGUCGGCUCGUAUGAAAUCUGGUGUCCCUCAGAGUCGUUUGCUUCCGUAUUUUCGUACCUUUGUAUGAACCGCGGCAGCUUGAGCAUUCUUGUUCACCCGCUGACCAGAGAGCAGCGCAAGGACCAUGAGAUUCGCAAUGCGUGGAUCGGCCCGUCCUUCCCUCUUGACCUCUCGACGUUGCCUGUCAAGAGCGAAGAGGUCCCUCUGCAGUACCCUAGCCUGAAGCUCGGCUACUCGUCCCAAGCUCCUGCCCCGUCCUUGGAGAAACGCAAGCAGUUCGGCUCGGCAGUCGAGGACAUCCUGAAGAACGAAAAGGAAGCUGCAAAGGCUCCG